GAAACAAAGCCAAAUAUGAUCAAUAUCCACUUGGUGCCCCACUCUCAUGACGAUCUGGGCUGGCUAAAAACGGUCGAUCAGUACUAUUACGGCAACAAACACAACAUUCAGCAUGCCGGAGUCCAAUAUAUUUUCGAUACUGUGAUUGCGGAACUCAGCAAGGACUCCCGUCGCCGAUUCAUUCAAGUGGAGACAGGUUUCUUCGCCAAGUGGUGGGACGAUCAGUCGGAAACUAAGAAGCAACUAGUCAAAAAGUUGGUGAACGAGGGACGUCUCGAGUUCACUGGUGGUGCCUGGAGCAUGAACGAUGAAGCCGCCGUCAAUUACCAGAGCGUGAUCGAUCAGUUCGCCGUUGGAUUGAAGUUCCUGAAUGACAACUUUGGGGUUUGCGGGCGUCCCCGCGUCGGCUGGCAGAUCGAUGCCUUUGGCCACUCCAGGGAGCAGGCCUCGAUGUUCGCCCAAAUGGGUUUCGACGGCCAGUUCUUUGCCCGCAUGGAUCAGAAUGACAAGAACAAGAGGGUGGAUAACCUCGGCCUUGAAAUGAUUUGGGAUGCUAGCGAAACCCUGGAGGAACUAGAUUUCUUCACUGGCAUGCUCUACAAUCACUAUUCAGCGCCUCCUGGCUUCUGCUUUGACUCCCUCUGCCAAGAUGAUCCUAUAAUUGAUGGAAAAAGCUAUGACAACAAUGUCGAGUCCAAGGUGGAUGAUUUCAUUAAAUAUGCAUCUAAUCUGGCUGGCUAUUAUCGCUCCGAUCACAUAAUGGUGCCCAUGGGCGAUGAUUUCCAGUACGAAAAUGCCUAUAUGAACUACAAGAACAUGGACAAACUGAUCAAGUACGUUAACGAACGCCAGGCAAGUGGCUCCAAGUACAAUGUGAUCUAUUCAACCGCAGGAUGCUAUUUGAAUUACCUGCACAAGAGUCUUCAAAGCUGGCCAAACAAGACCCAGGACUUCCUGCCCCAUUCCCACGAGGCUAAAAGCUUUUGGACUGGUUUCUUCACCUCUCGGCCCACCGUGAAGCGAUUUGAACGCGAUGGAAAUCACAUGUUGCAGGUGGCCAAGCAAUUGAGUGUGCUUGCGGAUCUUUCAAGCGACAGGCAGACUAAAGACUUGGACUACCUGCGUCAGAUAAUGGGAGUAAUGCAGCAUCAUGAUGCCAUCACAGGCACCGAGAAGCAGGAAGUGUCCAAUGACUACGAUCGCCUUCUGUAUGACGCCAUAUUGGGAGGCGCCAAUACCGCCCGCGAUGCCCUUCGGCUGCUCACCAAUCAGCCAGAAGGAGAAUUUGAAAGUUGCCUGAAACUCAAUAUAAGCGAGUGCGCCUUUACCAAAGAAAGUGCUGAUAAUUUGGUCGUGACCUUGUACAAUCCAUUGGCACACAUUUCCACGCAGUACGUACGAGUUCCGGUGAAGGAGGAUAACUACCAAGUUACUGAUGAGAAGGGUCGUGUGGUGGCUUCUGAAUUGGUCCCGGUUCCCUGGCAGGUCCUGGCCCUAGAAUUUCGAAGCAAUGAUACUCAGCAUGAGCUGGUCUUCAAGGCAGCAGUAAACAAAAUUGCUAACUUUUACAUUAAGAAGGUCGAUGAAGAACUAAAAACGAAUAACAUUCUGCCAACUCAAGCUAAAUCGGAUACCAAAGAAGGAGAAAUGCCUUCGCGUUUUAAGAAGGUGCACACUCUGAAAACUAAUGCGGAGACCCGUGAUGAUGGAGAGACCGUUGUCCAGAAUUCGCUUAUAAAACUGGUGAUCGACAACCACACAGGCCAUUUGAAGACCGUUGAAAUGAACGGAGUUUCCGAAAACAUUGAACAGACUUUUGGAAUGUACAAGACAGCCCGGUCUUGUCAUUACAUUUUCCGCCAGGAUGCAGAUUUGGAAGCUCUGGAAGACCCAUUUGAGUUCACUGUUUACGAAGGUGAAUCCGUCAAGGAAGUCCAUCAGCAGGUGAACGAGUGGAUUUCGCAAGUGAUCCGCAUCUACGAGGGUGUAAACCGAGUGGAGUUGGAAUGGCUUGUGGGUCCUGUUCCGGUCGACGAUGAGCUGGGCAAGGAGAUAGUUACGAUCUUUAUGAGUGGAAUCUCCUCAAAUGGAGUCUUCUACACCGAUUCGAAUGGUCGUGAAAUGAUCCGGAGAGAGAAGGACAAGCGGGAGGACUUCAGUCCCGACUUGAGUGAGCAACCCGUGAGCGGAAACUACUAUCCAGUCACCUCCAGAAUGGCUCUGCAGGAUGCGAGCAGGCGAAUGGUUCUGCUCAAUGAUCGAUCUCAGGGAGGAGCUAGCUUGGAGAAUGGUCGUUUGGAGAUGAUGCUGCAUCGCCGCCACCUUUUCGCAGAUGGCUCAGGCGCAGCGGAGGCCAUCAAUGAACAACAGUUUGGAAAAGGAUUGAUUGCUCGCGGAAAACUGUACCUUUAUUACAUGGUACCCAUGGGCGAUGAUUUCCAGUACGAAAAUGCCUAUAUGAACUACAAGAACAUGGACAAACUGAUCAAGUACGUUAACGAACGCCAGGCAAGUGGCUCCAAGUACAAUGUGAUCUAUUCAACCGCAGGAUGCUAUUUGAAUUACCUGCACAAGAGUCUUCAAAGCUGGCCAAACAAGACCCAGGACUUCCUGCCCCAUUCCCACGAGGCUAAAAGCUUUUGGACUGGUUUCUUCACCUCUCGGCCCACCGUGAAGCGAUUUGAACGCGAUGGAAAUCACAUGUUGCAGGUGGCCAAGCAAUUGAGUGUGCUUGCGGAUCUUUCAAGCGACAGGCAGACUAAAGACUUGGACUACCUGCGUCAGAUAAUGGGAGUAAUGCAGCAUCAUGAUGCCAUCACAGGCACCGAGAAGCAGGAAGUGUCCAAUGACUACGAUCGCCUUCUGUAUGACGCCAUAUUGGGAGGCGCCAAUACCGCCCGCGAUGCCCUUCGGCUGCUCACCAAUCAGCCAGAAGGAGAAUUUGAAAGUUGCCUGAAACUCAAUAUAAGCGAGUGCGCCUUUACCAAAGAAAGUGCUGAUAAUUUGGUCGUGACCUUGUACAAUCCAUUGGCACACAUUUCCACGCAGUACGUACGAGUUCCGGUGAAGGAGGAUAACUACCAAGUUACUGAUGAGAAGGGUCGUGUGGUGGCUUCUGAAUUGGUCCCGGUUCCCUGGCAGGUCCUGGCCCUAGAAUUUCGAAGCAAUGAUACUCAGCAUGAGCUGGUCUUCAAGGCAGCAGUAAACAAAAUUGCUAACUUUUACAUUAAGAAGGUCGAUGAAGAACUAAAAACGAAUAACAUUCUGCCAACUCAAGCUAAAUCGGAUACCAAAGAAGGAGAAAUGCCUUCGCGUUUUAAGAAGGUGCACACUCUGAAAACUAAUGCGGAGACCCGUGAUGAUGGAGAGACCGUUGUCCAGAAUUCGCUUAUAAAACUGGUGAUCGACAACCACACAGGCCAUUUGAAGACCGUUGAAAUGAACGGAGUUUCCGAAAACAUUGAACAGACUUUUGGAAUGUACAAGACAGCCCGGUCUUGUCAUUACAUUUUCCGCCAGGAUGCAGAUUUGGAAGCUCUGGAAGACCCAUUUGAGUUCACUGUUUACGAAGGUGAAUCCGUCAAGGAAGUCCAUCAGCAGGUGAACGAGUGGAUUUCGCAAGUGAUCCGCAUCUACGAGGGUGUAAACCGAGUGGAGUUGGAAUGGCUUGUGGGUCCUGUUCCGGUCGACGAUGAGCUGGGCAAGGAGAUAGUUACGAUCUUUAUGAGUGGAAUCUCCUCAAAUGGAGUCUUCUACACCGAUUCGAAUGGUCGUGAAAUGAUCCGGAGAGAGAAGGACAAGCGGGAGGACUUCAGUCCCGACUUGAGUGAGCAACCCGUGAGCGGAAACUACUAUCCAGUCACCUCCAGAAUGGCUCUGCAGGAUGCGAGCAGGCGAAUGGUUCUGCUCAAUGAUCGAUCUCAGGGAGGAGCUAGCUUGGAGAAUGGUCGUUUGGAGAUGAUGCUGCAUCGCCGCCACCUUUUCGCAGAUGGCUCAGGCGCAGCGGAGGCCAUCAAUGAACAACAGUUUGGAAAAGGAUUGAUUGCUCGCGGAAAACUGUACCUUUAUCUCGACGCUGUUGAAGAUGGAGCCACUGCAUUCGAGCGAGUGGCUGAGAAAGAGAUUCACCUGCCUUUCUGGAAGUUCUUCAGCAAAGGCAGUACGAGCCUACGCGAAGCUACGAAGUCGCUGCCCGACUUCAAUGAUUUGCCCAAGUCAGUCCACUUACUUACCCUGGAGCCUUACUCCAAGAAUGAAGUUCUGCUGCGAUUGGAGAACUUUUUGGACCAAACAGAGGGCAAUGUGGUUAGCUUCAACAUUCGCCAGAUCUUCGAUGAUCUUGGUGGGCUGGAGAUUCGGGAAACCACCUUGGAUGGCAAUCUUCCACUCAGCGAUAUGAGGCGCUUAAAGUUCCACCACGAUGGGUCUGGUCGUAGUCCCUCAGCCCCUGAAUAUUUCAUCGCUCUGCAUAGCCCCUUGGCAUCCAACAAAUCCCAGGACGCCUCAGAAUUCAGCGUCACAUUAAAACCUAUGCAAAUCCGCACAUUUAUUAUCAAGAAGGAGAAAGCUUAA